CGCGUGGAGAUGCACGAGCGGGUGGAGCCUCGAGCUUCGUCGGCGAAUCGGUCCGUCUGUUUUCGCAGAGCCGCUCAUCACUCAUCGCUCAUCGCAUUUCAAGUGCUCAACCGCAGGCGACAUGCACCACUACAUCCCCUCAACCUCAGCACGUCUCCACGUAUUCCCUCAAUCGCCACACAUCAACCGUACCUCUACUUGCUCCAUACAACGUCCGUGGUCUUGCGAUUCGACUUGGGAUGUUGUACGAGACGGCCGCAACUCAGCGUUCUCCAACCUCACUCAACACACGAACCCACAUCCUAACGAUGUUUCUUCGUCCAUGCCAGAUCUCAGACCACCCCUUCUGCUCACCACCACUGUAUUCUCUAGUUGCGCCCUGCUCCCCUUACUGCCGACCAUUCGCCCUCACCCUUUUCUGUUCCACUCUCCAUUGUCAUCGUUCUCAUCCUCUCCCAUCAUCCCUCGUACCAAAUCCACCGUACACCCCUACAACUUCUCCACACCCUCCCUCAACCCCUCCCGCUUCCUCUUCAUUCUCCGCUCAGACUCACCCGGCUGCUUCACCAACCGCCGCACCUCCAGGCCCAGUCUCUCCGCGGCAGGAACCAGUAAUCGGAUCAGCUCCCCCAGCCCAUCACAACCGCACUCCGUCGGGCAGUCUACGCAGGUUCCGCCCGAGAUGUCCGUGGAGGACCUUGCAGAACGGCGAGCCUGCUGUCGCUCCAACAAACUGCUGCAAGUGCGAGAAGACCUUGUACCCCGCCACCUCUCCCUCCUCCUCCUUUCCGUGCCAUUUCCUCCGCGGUGGCUGGAAACAAGGUACAGCCCACGUAGACCACCGUCGUGUCGUCUACCGCCAUCCCGACGGCGCAAGAGUGCAGUGGAAUCACUCUUAAUUUGGAUGAAGUGCUCUGAUCAGCACUUUCGCUCUUUGUGCAGGAAGGCGGAUGUUUCUACAUCUACGCCCGACGCAUGGCAAACCGGCGGUGCUUGCGUUCCGGGCCGCAGACGGAGUAUCCCCGGAGCUUCGUUUGACCAGAUAGACGUCGUGCGUGAGAUUGACUCGUUGCCCGCCGAGAAGUCUGGCCUCCAGUGCGCCGACUGCCUAUUUGCGCUGUCUGCUCGGCUUUGGCGCGGUGUCGGAGUCGGUGUAACCCGAGGUCGAGGAGUACAAGUAAGCUACGGCUUGCGCCAUUGCUAUUUGGUCGCGAGGCAUCAUGAGCGUCGUCAGAAGGCUGACUAGUUCCUACUGCAAGCCCCCCAUAGCGAGCUCUUACAAGAGCAAGGACCACAUGUCCCGCGACAACCUGGAUCGAUACUUAUGCUUACCAUCUGAAUGACAGAGAUCUCCAAAUCGCU